CGCCGAACGGGCCCCGCUGGGCGGCCACGCAGGACCGAGCGGAGUCUCCUCACAGCUGAGUCUCCUCAGCGCCGCCACGGCCCGAACCAAUGCCCCCGGCCCGGAGGGGGGCUGCUGGCGGGAGAGGCGGCCAGGCGGGGCAGCUGUGCAGGUGGACACCCCCGUCGCAGGAGAGGGGGUGGCGGCGUCCCUUGCUGAGCCCAACGGUCCGCAGCCUGGGCCUGGCAGGAACAGAUAGUGCAGUUGAGUGGACAAGCAUGUGGAAUUCACUGCAACUCUCUUCAAGAUGGUUCUUUGGAAGAGAUGAUGGCUGCUUUGAAAUUUCUGUAGUGUCUUUUUGUUAAAGGACAAUUCCUAGUAAGAGGUCCUAUUCUGUCUGCAACAAUAAUGCUUCUUAUUAGACACAGAGAAUCAAAUCUCUGCAUAUAGUCUGUUUAGAAUCAUCUGUUACAAAACAGAGGCCUCUUUGAAACAAGUAACUAGUCUUUGUAUCUACAUGAGUGAAAAUAAAAAAGAGGCUGCAGGAUUGUAACUGGCAUUUGCACAAUCAGCAACUGGAAAAAUGCCAGGUUUUAAAAGUAACCUGGUGUCUUUACAUGAGGAUGUUAUAAAUGAUACUUCAGACUUAAAUGAAAUGAAAAUUUCAGAUGAAAAAGGAUCUGUUGAAAAAAGAACAAUGACUUUGAUUGAGAAGAAUGGCUAUCAUGACUCUGUAUAUAUGAAUGCAGCUAAGAUUUUUCAAGGCAUUCACACUGAAAAGAGUAAAGAUAAAAUAUUGGUGCGGUAUGGUGAUGGCUCAGUAACUCCCAUGGUCACUUUUAAAGAUGAGUAUUCCCAGCGUGUUUCUUAUGGACUGGCUUUCAAUGCUUUAAAGUAUCAAGAUCUUCUUGAAGAAAUGUUGUUAGAUAGUUGUGUUUACCCAUGCCACUCAAUACCAGAAGAAUUAACCAGUUUGCUUGUUGUGAUGCUUUAUGACCUACAAGACCGAAAGUUUCGACCACGCGGGGUUUUUGAUGAAGAGGAACCUGUACCAGAAGUUCGGAAAAUAGAGUGUUAUUUAUACAGAUUUAAGACCAAGUUGGCAGCUGCACUAGCAAGAUGUCGCAUCAAACAUGAUGCUCUUUCAAUUGAAAACCUUCUGCCAGAAGCCAUACGGGAGCAGCAACAAAGGACUUCUGCUUUACCUUUAUAUGUUUGGAUAAACACAUUUAAAAUCAGCCUUGAAGAUGUUUUUGGGGAUUUGAAGAACAAGGGAUUCACAAGAGUUCAAUCUGUGUCAGACUUUGACUGUUACACGUACUGUAUGGACCAACAUUGCCCUGAUGUAUUGGUUUUUCCUUCCUCUGUUAAAGAAGAAUUGCUUAAUUUAGAUCUUUUUGCAGAUUGCAAACUCUUACUGCAGGAUAAGUCUCGCAGCCUCGCCGUGCACUCUGCACAGGCGCUGUUGAAUACAGGCGAUGACAUUAUAGUGGCUCACGUAGGUUCCCCUCUGACCAUUGCCCACAUGUCAGCGCUGACAAUUCGCAACACGUCCAACAUUUUUGUUUGUGGUGUGAAAUCUUCAGCAAAAGCAGAUGAACUGGGGAACUUGUUCAGUCACAUGGAAUGUAAAAAUAUUCGAUUAUUACAUGAAGACUUUACUGAGAUAGGAUCAACAGACCCGAGACUUGAAAAUGUAAGGGUUAUUUUGCUGUUGCCACAGUGCUCUGGACUGGGUGUUGGCAAUCCGAUAGACUUCAUUGUCAAUGAACACGGAGAUGCAGGAUUCCUAAGAGACUUUUUCCGGGGAUCUGUAUCUGAGGAUAAACUCAAUGUACUUGCUGAGAGGCAGCUUAAUGAGUUGAUGCACGCGAUGAAAUUUAACAAAGUACAAGCUAUUGUUUACUGCACUUGUUCACUUUACCCUGAAGAAAAUGAACUAGUAGUGAAAAAAGCACUGGAAUCUGAAGUUUUGGAAGAAAAUAAAGUACAACCGUAUAGGCUCAUCCCUCCUAUUUUUUCUACUUGCUCCAAUUCAGUGGCUUCCACUGAAAUAUUUUUCAAAAUAGAGCCAUCAGAAGUGUGCAGUGGCUGUUUUCUUGCUGUUCUAGAGAGAGAGAAAGAGUCUCCUGAAAAUAUGUCUGAUGAAGACAUUUUGGCUCGUGCUGCAGCAAAAGGACUACUAGAUGGCACACUUGCAGAAAAAUCAAAGAAAAAGAAGAAAAAGCAACCAAAAGUAACACAACGUAGAAGGAAUAUUGCUGGUGCAGAGUUCCUUCACCAUCAAACUUUAUCUAAUAUUAAAGCUGAAUUAUCUGUGUCUAAAGCAGUCAGUAACAUACAGCUAAGGAGCAUGAAUGGAACAAACUGCCGUGUUGAGCUGAAGAAAUCUCUCCACCCCCUUUCAGACGCAGCUCUGCCUGGAGCGCCAAAGUACACAGUCCAGGACAGACAGACGCUUGCUAGGAAGGCACGCACAGAACGUAAGAGGAUGGAAACAAAGACGGUGGACAUUGUUUUCCCUUCAGCAGUAGCACCACAUACACCACAUGGAAAUAGCCCCAAGACAUCAAGUCAGCACUGCUGUCAUGCAGCAAAAGCUGCCGGGGGCAGGAUGUUCCCUCCACCUAAAGUGGUCAAGCCAGCAGUGCCCAGAGCUGUGGGGGACAGGAUGUUCCCUCUGCCUAAAGUGGUCAAGCCAGCAGUGCCCAGCCAUCCUCGCCCAUGGAUCCCCUGCAGCUGGAACUGCAGCACCUUCAGAAAGGAUGUGAAAGGUGCCCCACCAGCAGUGUAGAGACCUGGGUCUUGUUCAUCAGACAAAUAUUGCUGCUUCAUGGAAUCAGUGAAAACUUCAUUUUGCAUUUUAAUCUGAGCCAGCUGUCCUGUUCAAAGGCAUCGCUCACCUCCUGUAAGCCCUGUGAGUAACCCAGGCUCCUUACCUGUUCCAAUAAAAGGAUGAACUCCAUCUGCUCUUACUCCUAAACAAACUUGUAUGGAUAGAUCUAGACCUGUGCGCACGCAGUGUAUGGAACUGGAAAAAAAAAUCCCUAUUUUAUUUCAAAACCAUCUUGGAGGAGGAGAGAUUCUACACGUUAGAUAAAAGGAGUGGACAGUAAGGAGAUUUGUAUUUUUUCAAUAUGCUUGUUAAAUGUUUAAAAUAAAUAUAGACAUUCUGCAGUUAGAAAAUGGAACUAUUGUUUUAAAUCAAAAUCUGUAUCAUUAAUUAAAUGUAAUUAAAAUUACUUCUAAAUGAACAUACCUGUGACAGAAGCUCUUGGCUACUUACAUAAAAUGCAUCAUGAUGUCCCACAGUUGGCCUCAUCUUGCUUUCAGGAGUUUGAGUCUUGGAAGUGUUACGGAGGCCAAAGCAGUUAGAACCUUGAUGUCCUACCAAGAAUCUCAAAGAGCUGGUAGUGAAGAAUCUGAUCUGCAGGUCAGCAGCUUACUUUAUAAGCACUGAAUGUGACGCAGUGGUAACAUCUGCACCUGACUGCACAUGUAGGUAGAAGCCUCUGUGCUCAGUAAACACUCGAUGACUUUUUACAGUGAAACGGUAUCUUAUGUAACUCAUUUUCUGUAAUCCAGUUAUAUAUUUGUAAUUUUCAACUAGAAACUGUUGAUUCAGCUUUACAGAUACAAAAUUGUCCAUUGUACUGCUAUUGCCUCUAAACCACUGGUAUGUUUUUCCCUCCCCUCAACCACAAUUUGGAACAAAAUAAAUAAUUUCUCAGUUUCAUGGACCAGUAACAGUUGAGACAAUCAUUUUAUGCAGCUAAAUUUAUUCUCAGAGCAGAUUACAUUUAAAUGUGGAGAAGUGGUCAACAGAGGGGAAAAUUGUCCUUGUUGUUGUCAAUCAGGUGCUUUACCCAAGACCGAGCUCUGCUGAUAAACAGUGGGUGUGUUUCCUUCCUUCUUACUGCUGGUAAAACCUGCUAUUGCUGACUGUACAGCGCAAGUUGUAGCAAUGUAUUAAUUAACCUGCCCAAGAAAGGAGUAAUGGCAUUAAUGAUGAUGCUGUAACAGCUGAGACCAUAUUACCUGUCGAAAUAAAGUUAUUUUCCAUGGGUGAUUCACUAUCAAUUCUAGAUCCCUAGUUAAAUGAUCUAUGAAAUGUUUGAUAAAAUCAAAAGAAAAGGGAUAUAGAACUCUUAGUGACACAGAGCUGGUGUAAGCUAUGAGACAGUCCACAGCUUUUCUUCCCCUGUCACAAAAGGGCGUAUUGUUUCUAUAGGUACAGGUAACUCUGCAAAUGAAGUAUAUGGCUAAGAAUGCAUUUUACUGUGAAUGGAUUUUGUGCCCUUCCACGCGGAUUUGUUACUCAUGUUUAACCACCCUAUAGGUGGCCUCUGUAGCUUUAGAUCUCCCACACCCCUCCCUGCUCCCCGUCAAAUGAAAUGGUAAGUGGCUUAAAUAAAACCUACAGCCAGCACUGCAGAUUUCAAAAGAAAGGUUUUCAUCUCUUAGUUGUUGACUGUGAAAUAUAAAUCUCCUUGCUUCUGCAAGGGAGCAUAAUAAUGACAUGACUGACAUGUGGUACUUGCCUCUAACUUGCUACUUGCAUUGAAAAAAAUUAAGAAAUUAGCUCUGCUUUACAUGAUUUUUCUACAGACUUCAAUAAAAAUGUGACUACAAA